GACUCAGAAGGCUACAACUGCUCACAGUAUCAGUCUGGUAGGUGGUGCACUUCCGAUGGCAACCUGGGCACUGGCUGGCAGGCGAGGUGGAACGUGAUGGAGACCUACUGGCACGAUGGGUACACAGCUAUCAGUGCUUGCUGCGCUUGCGGUGGCGGGCAGGUCAGUCACAUCAAUGGCCUUUGGCAGGUGAUGCGAGGGCCCUGCACCAUCGAGGAGGACUGCAUUCUGAGCCCGAACUAUCCGGGCAACUAUUCGGACAACGAGCAUUGCACCAUCUUGGUGAAUAGCACACUGGCGAAGCCCCUGAAGACGAUCCACUGGGAUGUG